GUCAUUCUACUUACAGGCUCUGGAUUGCAGCAUCAAGGACGCGAGCGCCGCCAUCUUGAAUGACGUGAGUAUGACGCAGCGGGCGCGCUCCCGUGAUCCUUGAAGAAGAACCCGCGAACUGGAGAAUUUGGCUGGCACUGCAGAUCUUUGGAUGACAGCUCAGCAUGACCUGCAUCAGUAGACCCGGAUUCCUCCUAAGUGACAGCGACUCCAGUGAUUCAGAAGAGCUGCCUGUCUUCGAUUUCUCACAGUCAAAAUCCAGACAAGCCAACUUAGUGGUUUUAGACAGUUCAGACUCAGAAAUGGCUCCUGUUGCUGAUGCAAUUUCAAGUGUAAAGGUCCACGUCUCCACCGGAGCUGCUAAAAGUGACGUGUUGAUGGUCAGUAGUGACAGCGAGGAGGAGGAGGCCAUCAUUCCCUUAGCUGUGAGACUGAAACAGAAACAAUGUGGUCUGGGUACAGCAGCCACUGGUGCAGAGGAGAUUCUGGCUUCUAACGUGGUUCCUAAUGGAUAUUCACACCUCUUAGAUUUUCCAGCACAUCAUAUCAACCCCGAGGCCCAGCUGGUUGAACAUAACAUGAUCUGUAGAAACAUAACAAGGCAGUGUAGCUCAAACAACGAUGCACCAUACCUUACAAAAGAACCUUCACCUGAAGCGGAGAAUGGCACUUACCUGGCCAAAUGCAAGAAAAGCCCAGCAGAAGUGGAGGCUGCCAGACAGGAAGCCCUGAGGAAACGAGCAAUGCGAGAGCAUCAGCAGGAAAAGAAGGAGAGACUGAGAAUGGAGAAGAAAGCUCUGGCUGAUGCUGUGAAAGCCCUAAGGCCAGAGGAGUGCAUCAAACACAUGGUGGUGACGGUCGACCCGGGCCUGCUGCAGCUGGAAGGUGGCGGUGCUCUUCUGACUUCCCUGCACGCCAUGGGCUGCAACUGUGCCAUAGAGAAGCAGUCUCUUCCUCGUAGUGUCACCUGGGCUAGACGUUCACCCUGCCCUCAGACUGGUGAGAUGAUGUCCAUUCCAGACUCACAUACUGUAAUCCAAGUUCCAGUGGAUGACUUUGUGACCAUGAUUAACAACUACUGCAAGAGGCAAAGCAACGGUGUAUUGACCGAAAGCGGCAUAUCUCUGACUGCCUGGAUCCAAGGACUUAUGAGCAGGAACCCAGGCAGAACCCUCAGUCUGAUUGUGAUUGACAUAGAGAAGUACUUCAGAUCCCAGAAUUCAAAAUGUCAGAAGAAAUUCCGUGAGGCAGUGCUAGGCGAGGAAAAGAAUGUAGGACUUCAGGGAGGGCAGAAAAAGAGAAGAAAGAAAGACGAUAUCAAUCAGCUUCCAGAGGUCUCGCGAGUGCAGGUUGAGGAGGCUUUGGUAGACUUGCAGCUGCAAACUGGUGUGCAGGUUCGCUUCCUCUCUACCUGGAAAGACUUCACUGAUUAUAUUACCAUGUCAACCAAAGCAGUAGCCGAGGCACCGUUCAAGCGGGAGCGAGAGAAGACGGGAUUCACAUUUUGUUUAGAGAGUGAGUGGGCAGGGGGUCAGAAGGUGGACCGCACAGGGAACGGCCUUCUGCAAGUUUGGAAGAGACAAAUACAGCAGUUGAACCGUGUCAGCCCUGAUAUGGCCAGUGCUAUACUCAGUGCCUACCCGUCUCCUCGGCUCCUUGCUCAGGCAUAUGCACGGUGCAAAUCGGAGAAUGAAAAAGUUGGUCUGCUGUCAGAUGUACUCAUUCGUCGCGGAGAGGGUGUGACAUCUACAACCCGCAGAGUUGGACCGGAGCUUUCUAAACGGUUGUUUCUUAUGAUGACAUCUCAUGAUGCCCAGCAGCCCCUUGAUUCUGCUGUAUAGGUUCUUUUGCCUUCUUGUACGCAUGAGGACAAAUGUCAAAAGAAUUGUAUUAUAGUGACUCACAUUUCAGUGCAAUGUCAGCUUGAUUGAGGUAUUUAUUACAGUUUAUGUAUUUGAUAAAUUUAAAGCCUGAAUUUCCCAGAUUUUCAAAGUUAUAUUUGUCUGUUUUUACUAUAAAUCGUUGCCAUUAAAUGUUUCUUAAUGUACCUUAAAACCAUUUUACUUCACCUCCAUCAGAGCUAGUUUUCCUCAAAUACCUGUGGUCUAAACCUUUCUCUACCCUAAAAGUGAACCUUGAAAGCUUCACUUUUCCUGGAAACCUCUUUGAGUUUUUUUGUUCUUCAUCCAAGUGGCAAAAACCUUGGAUGGCGAAAGCCUUUUCAGUGUAAAUCCGAAAUGCAGUAAAUUCUCAGAGAUGCUAUACACGUACAGUAUUUCAUUCGACACAUUUGGAGGUUUUUAAGGCCUAUGUUUCAUUUACAAUUAAUUCCCUUUAUGUUAUCUAUCUACACGUUUUAGCAGUACUAAACAGGUCAUUGUUAAUUGCAAAAGCAACAGUCUAAGUUUGGCUCUUUUCCUGAUUAAGGCACUACUGCGCGCCUUUCGGAACCAAAAUGGCCCCUUGAGCACACCAUACUCACUGUCUAAGGACUGUAGAGGCUCAUGGCUCAUUUCCAGCACAUUAGAGAAUGGCACCUGACCAAGGAGUGUCGUGUUGCCUGAAACGAGCGGUGGGGUAACGAGCCGUUAAAUGUGCUUAAGAGAUGAGCUGCAUGCUUCAUUCCUGUCCCUGAAGGCAGUAUUUCCUCUACAGUUUAAGGGAUGGCAUAACAAACUAUGGCUAGUAGGUGUGUGCUUGUGCCGAAGGGAAUUAUACGAGCAGAAUUACGGCAGCUUGAAAAGGAUCACCUUGGAGUGAUUGUUUAGCUGAAUAGUAUGAAAUCCAAUUUUCGUGUACUCUGAACGCAGACUAUAAUAGCUUUUAUGACCUAAAGUCUGCAGUGCUAACAUCUUCACUGACUUGUGAAUGGUUGAAUGGGACUUUAAUUUCCAAAAAGCAGUUGUAGGAUAUUACGACUUACAAAGUACAAUGUAACUCAUCUAACCUAAAUGUUUUGGAGGAAUAGUUUUUCUCCGCAUGUAUUCCAUUUGCAUCAAAACACAUAUAUCUGUGUAAGUGCAAAGGGUCUGUUCAUCUUCAGCUACUGGAUGUGCAAUGUGCAUAUAUGAGUCAUGACUACUUCACAUGAUAGAUUGGACCCUGUAAAGCAUUUCUGUUCAGCAGAGUAGCAGUUUCUCAUUUCUGGUGCACGCAGGAUUCUUCUUGCUUCUUGUUGGAGAUUAAUAAGGAUUGGGAGUGGCGGUAGGUCAACGUCGGCCACCUUCACUCACAGUCAAUAGAGUGGGAAGCAAAGCAGGGCUGUUAGUCACUGUCUUUCCCUGGAUAUUCUCAACUCAGCUCAUCUCUUGGAAAAAUGCACCUUCUUAUCGGCCGCCACACAAGAUGGAGUGCCACAGGCAGUGCUGUUUAUGGUUUUGUGAGUCUGUUUUGUUCCAAUUACAGUUUCAUAUUCUUGGCAGAGUGGGGGCACUUCCAAUUUCUUGAGUUGUGCCACAAUAAUGCCACCUGUAGUGUGCUGGCCCUCUGAUGACAGUGGCAUAAUAAUAACACAUUUCCUCAGGCAAGUGAUAUGCCAACGAGGCAAAGCGACUGAUAUUAUCCUUCCAUUGCAUUCUCAAUGUAUUUUGCCUUGGUGCUUGGCGAAUCACGAUCCACUCAGAGCCACUCGCUAAAAUGACAAGAGAGAAUGUCAAAGACUCUAACAAUCUAUUUCAGAGCAUGAGUAGGCCGGCCACUGUGGUAUUGGUUUCUUUGCCACCAGCGUUCAAUCAAUGUUUCCUGCUUCUCUUUAAAAAUAAAUCAUUAUAUGGCUCCGCUUCUGCCUUUCUUUUGUUCAUUUGCAAAUCAGACGCAAGUGAUUCAAGUGUUCAGAUCCAGCUCUUCCGGGAAAAGAGAUGCAAAGCCCUCAAAAAAAAAAAACAACUUUGGCUGACAGAGCUAGAAGCUUUUUAACUUCAGAGGAAAAACAUUGCAUUGUUAUUGCAGGAUUUUGUUUUCUACCUUGCCCUCUCCUACCAGCUUUUUUUUUUUUUUUUUUUAGACUGCACAUAUGUACAGAGUUUUCUUCUCACAGUGGAUUUUUGUUUGUUUUUUGUUUUUUUCAGCUGGUUGGCUGAAUUUUUGAUUGCCACAUGAGGGCAGAAUUGCUUCACACUGACUGCACACUAUAGACCAGUGAUUCCACACUGGUGUUGCUGUCCUCAACUUGAUGUUAUAUUAAACAUCACGUAGCAAUCCAACACAGUAGCAAAAGUCCAAACAAUUUAUCAAUAUUACCAGGAACUGAGUGCAUAGCAAAAUUAUUCUCAUGAUAUUGGCUCGUCUAUAUUGUUUAUGUUUGAUGCUUCUUGAAUUUUGAUGGUUCCUUGCUUUCGGCAGCCAGUAAUUCACUGUUCAAGUUUACCCUCCCUGAAAAUAAACCCGUAUUUAAUGUA